UAUAAUGCAGUUGUGCAUCGACUGUACUAAUAUUGGACAGGUGCGCAGGCGCACAGUAUCGCUAAUCGCAAUCGCAGUGCAAUUCUCGCUCAGUGCAGUAUGGCGGUGCGCGCAAUCGUCGCGUCUUGCGCGCUACUCGCGUUCGCGGGAGUUGCGUGCGCGCAGGAUGCAGUGGUGAUACUAGAUAUCAGCAACCGCACACACCACGGGGCCCACAGAAACCAUGGGAGCCAUGGGGCCCACUCGAGCCGUGGGACCCAUGCCAACAUAGCAUUAUUAGACGACUGCCAAAGCAUAAUCACACAGCUGGAAACAGCAAAGGAAGAAGCUCUCCUACUGUAUACGGACUUCGCUUCCCGGGCCGGUAACGAUUUGAGAACAUUCCUGAAUAAUAUCACUGGGUAUGCUGAUGGCAUCAUCCAGAACAUCGAUGCUGAACCGCCUUCGGAUGAUGUGGACGAAUGCUGGGUGAAGUUCCAGUACCGGGUGAAGAAGGUGGAGCAUGAUGCGCAGAGAGCGGCCAUGUUCAGCGGGGACAGCCACCACAAGUUCCUGCUGGGGCACAUGAUCGUGUUCCGGAUGCAUCUUAACAAGAGCGAAGAUUACUUGAAGAGGUGUGACAAAGCUACCAGAGGAUGUGGUUAUUCUUGUGAGGCCACCCCACGAGUAAGGCGCUGGCGUCGCUUAGCGCUGGACGAGAUCCAUCGAGUACGAGAAGACAUGCCGUUCACCAGGCGCUCCUACAGGGACCUGGUCUCCCACGCCCGUCGGAAACUGAACCAUCUGAGGAAGCAGAUCAUCGUCAGGUCGAGGGAUGCAGUGGACGACUACAGAUACUGUAUAAACAGGAGGCGGUUACGAUAGGUCCUGAUUGAGAAGAGGGUGAGUUGAGUUACUGGAGUAGUGGGGUCUGAGGAGGAACAGCAUUUUUUCUAUUGAGGUUCCUUUACUAUUGUAGAAGACAAAGUAUCUACCAUAAAGGAUGACGAAAUAACUCUAGGGAAAAUCUCUUUGUGUGUAGUCCACAAAUUGUUUCAGGACUUAGUGGGAUGUGAAUUUGUAAAUGCACCAACGACACAGAGGAAAAUCUUAGAGUGAGCUGUGUUAAAUAUUCUUUAAAAAUAUAUGCAAGUAAAGGGAUCGGAGACAUAUUUUAAUUUUUUAAAAGAUUUGUAUUUUCUCCUGUGCCGUGGAUGCGUUUAAUAAUAUAUAAGUUCACAUGCACAUGUCACCCAGAAACAACAAUUUGUGGAUCACACAAAGAAUUGCUCCGUGCGGGAAACCCGCUACUACGUCGCACGGCAGCCAGUUCCCCAACCACCGCGCCAUCCAUGCAGUCAUAUAUUUUUUAUUAUAAAGUCUAUAUAAAAAAAAUUGAUGUUUUUCCUUGAUCCGCACAAGAACUUCAGUAAUUUUCGACUCAAACACUCUUAGAGGAUCAGUCGCCUGAAACAAUAGUGUCAUAUUAGUUAAUAUACCUAUAGUGUAGGUAAAAUUAUACGCAAUUGAUUGACUAGAGUUGAUCGUCAGUGAAAUUAAUGAGAUUGAUAACUAAUCUGUUAAUUAGUGGAAUCGUAAUUUAUAGUAUUAACUAUUAUAUUCUAUUCUAAAUGGUCUUAGAUUUAGCUUUCAUAUUUAUGUGAAAUCCUUGUGGUUGAUUUUUGUUACAUUGGCAAAAUGUCUCACAAAAUCCAUUGCAAAGGUUCUUGUCCGAAAAUCAGAAUGUAUGAUUUCUGUAACGAAAAAAUUAAAAAGCCUGUAGCUAAAUGCCGUUUAGCGCAAGAGUUUACUUAGUUUCUUUUAGUGUGUCCGGAGCUGCGAAUUGCCUACCGGGUUUACCGGAGUCCUACUCAAAAAGCAGGAGUAAGAACGGGCUGAUUAUUAGUCAGUUAGAGUCUGACAAGCCCCUCUCGCCUGCCCAAGGUAGGAGAAGCCAUUGGAUGAUUUUCCAGUCUAAAAAAAAGCGUCUACUUUUAGAGUAGAAAACUAAAUUGAAUUGAAUUAAAGUUUUGUUAUUUUUCUACUCUUUCCAUAGACAAGCGCUAAAGCUAACCGUAGGCAUUUGGCUACCAGCUCAGGCCACUCUAAUCGAAAACUUUAGUGCGAAAUAAGUACAAAAUUGUGAGAGGGCCCAUACCUAUAGUCCAGCAGUGGACUGUGACGGGCUGUUGUUGUUGAAGUACAAAAUACGAUUCGAAAUAUUUUUUAAUUUUAUGUCUAAAAUAACACCUCGUUACGAUCGGUAAGAUCGGGUUUUUUACCCAAAUUCUGUAACUAACAGCAAUCCAGAACAAAGCGUGUAUUACAUUUUCAUUGGUCUAAAAGUAUGGGUCAAAGUUAUUAAGCUGUAAUAAGCCCGAUCUUACGGUGCGUAAAAUGUUUUAAAAGAAUUCAUGAAACACUACUAUACAAUACUAUUAUAUAUGUUUAAAAAUGUGAAAAAUAUAUUUUUAUUCUAAAUGCUUCAUCCAAAAAUAAAUUUUACGUAGAUGUAAGAAGACUCAAAAUUGUUUAGAUUUAAAUUUUUGUAAAAAUAAUUUAUUGUUUUUGGUUAUCGAAUGUAAUUGGGUUAUGCGAUUGGUAAUUAUUAUGAUUUUUAUGUGUUUUUUUUUUUUGUAAAAUACAGUGAAGACUCGUCUUACUUAAACCUAUAAAGUAAAAAAAAGCUAAAUAAAUGUGAUUAAAAGGUUUUAGGAACUGGAGAACCUUUUGUCUACUUCGGCGAUGUAAACCAUUUCCAUAUUUUAAUAAAUACAUUUAAAGUAAUGUAUUAAUAAAAAUAAAUACAAGAUACAAAUAAAAAAUGGUAUAAGACCAGUCAUUACUGUAUUUAUAAAUAUAUUUUAUAAGUUUUAAAAUUCGGUAAACAGACACACUGUGAUAGUUUGUAAAAUAAUUGUAUAAAAAUUGAAAUUAAGUUUUAAAUGUAGCUUUUAAAAUAUUAUUUUUGUUGUAUUUUUAACUAAAUGUAUUAUUAUUGUUGUUUAACUUCUGUAUUUUGGGGUUUGGGGACCAUUUUAUGCGCAAACAAAUAAAGUGCCUGUGCCAUAUAAAAUCUUCAAGUACAAUUUAAACGACUUAUAAUUUUUUUUAUGUAUUAUUUAUGUACCAUAAAAAUAUUCAAAUUAAUUCUUAUAUUAGAUAGGUAUAAUUUAUACCCAUUUUACAUGCGAGUUUAUUCGCAUGUAGAAUGAAUAGAAAAUCCCACGCAUGAUCACGUCGUCUGGCCGGAGGAUCCUUCUUUUCUAAGGGCAAUUGUACUCUCUGUUCCCUAUAGUAUACCGUAUAAAACUCAAAAAUACAGAAGUUAAAUAACAAUAAAAUUGUAAUACGUAAGUACAAGUUUUGUUUAAUAAUAAAAUAAAUAUGAACUAAUAUUACGCCAUCAUUGUUGUUAAUGUUAUUGUAAAGAAAUGUAUUUGACAAUUUAUUUUUGUAAUAAAUGUAUAUUUUAACAUUA